AUGAUAUCGUCCUGCCAUGCAUCCCGUCUCAUCGCACUGCAUCGCAUCGCAUUGCAUCACACCGCAUCGCCAUACCACGCUAUGGCGAGGAAAAACGGAGUUUUAUCGCAUAAAAAGCUGUCUUCUGAGGGAUACCGGGAGGCGGCGUUUGGCCUGUACAAGGUUUGGUCCUUGACCUUUUAUUUGUUAUGGGGUUGGUUGGUAGGAAUUAUCUCAACAUCGAGACGCGGCAUAAAGGGACAUUUGGGAGUCUUUUCCUUGGACAUAUUGUUCCAUUCACCUUCUUCUUGA